ACCACCCCCACCCCCAACCUCCGUGCUCCACACUCAGUGGGCUGGAGACCCGAACACCACUGUACGUGUCACUAACACUCGUUCACAGUUGCUCGCAUCCGCGCGUACGAGCACGCGCGCACACAUUCUGGUGUGUGUUGGGGUUGGGGUUGGGAGAAGGAAGGUUUGGGGAGGCGGGGGUGGCAAGCGAGGAGGGGCUUGGGGGGGGGGUCGUUCUCUCUCUCUCUCUCUAGCUCCGCAGGCGCAUCCCCGCUAGCCCCGCAGCAGCAGCUGCGGCAAAAGCCACAGCGUCAGGACCAGAGCUGCUGCCGCUGGGUCCCCUCAAUUCGCUCCACUCACCCGUUCCCUACAAGGCGCUGCGGGUCCCUGGGCCACCCUGCCGUGCAGCUCACGGCCGUCACUUCAGAACCUCGGACAGCGUGGGGAGCUGGGAGUAGAACGCGCCUGGGGCGCACAGCUGGGAAUGCCCAGGGGCAUGCAGGUGCGGAGCUGCUGACACCCCGGGGCCCAGGUUGGGGCCCAAGAGCACGAUGCGUCUACUGUUGCUCGCCCUGCUCUUCUCUUGUUCCUUCGCCCGCGCCGCUUGCGACCCCAAGAUCGUUAACAUUGGCGCAGUUCUGAGCACCCGAAAACAUGAACAGAUGUUUCGUGAGGCUGUGAACCAGGCCAACAAACGGCAUGGAUCCUGGAAGAUACAGCUUAAUGCUACCUCGGUCACCCACAAGCCCAAUGCCAUCCAGAUGGCCUUGUCUGUGUGUGAAGACCUCAUCUCCAGCCAGGUCUACGCAAUCUUAGUUAGCCACCCACCUACCCCCAACGACCACUUCACUCCAACCCCCGUCUCCUACACAGCCGGCUUCUACCGCAUCCCCGUCCUGGGGCUCACCACCCGCAUGUCCAUCUACUCUGACAAGAGUAUCCACUUGAGCUUCCUUCGGACUGUGCCUCCAUACUCCCACCAAUCAAAUGUCUGGUUUGAGAUGAUGCGUGUCUACAGCUGGAACCACAUCAUCCUCAUUGUCAGCGAUGACCACGAGGGCCGGGCAGCCCAAAAGCGUCUAGAAACUCUUCUGGAGGAGCGGGAGUCCAAGGCAGAGAAGGUGCUGCAGUUUGAACCUGGGACCAAGAAUGUGACAGCAUUAUUGAAGGAAGCACAGGAGCUGGAGGCUCGAGUCAUCAUCCUCUCUGCCAGCGAGGAUGAUGCUGCCACUGUGUACCGGGCAGCCGCAAUGCUGAACAUGACAGGCUCUGGGUACGUGUGGCUCGUAGGCGAGCGGGAGAUCUCAGGGAAUGCCCUACGCUACGCCCCAGAUGGUAUCAUUGGGCUGCAGCUGAUUAAUGGAAAGAAUGAAUCUGCACACAUCAGCGAUGCUGUGGGUGUGGUAGCCCAAGCUGUGCAUGAGCUUUUUGAAAAAGAGAACAUCACAGAUCCGCCCCGUGGCUGUGUUGGCAAUACUAAUAUCUGGAAGACUGGGCCCCUCUUCAAAAGGGUGCUGAUGUCAUCUAAGUACUCAGAAGGCGUGACUGGCCGGGUGGAAUUCAAUGAGGACGGGGACAGGAAGUUUGCCAAUUACAGCAUCAUGAACCUGCAGAACCGAAAAUUGGUGCAAGUAGGGAUUUUCAAUGGGAGCCAUGUCCUACCCAAUGACCGUAAGAUCAUUUGGCCAGGGGGAGAGACUGAGAAGCCUGAAGGAUAUGAAAUGUCAACCAGACUAAAGAUUGUUACUAUCCACCAGGAGCCCUUUGUGUAUGUGAAACCAGCUCAAGAUGGUGAAACCUGUAAUGAAGAUCUCACAAUCAAUGGGGAGAAGAUAAAGAAGGUCACCUGCACAGGCCCGAAUGACACCCAUCCGGGCGCCAGCCGCCACACUAUACUCCAGUGCUGCUAUGGUUUCUGCAUUGACCUGCUCAUCGACCUGGCCAAAACAAUGAACUUCACCUACGAGGUCCAUCUGGUGGCUGAUGGCAAGUUUGGCACCCAGGAGCGGGUGAACAAUAGUAACAAAAAGGAGUGGAAUGGGAUGAUGGGGGAGCUACUGAGUGGACAGGCAGACAUGAUCGUGGCCCCACUGACCAUCAACAAUGAGCGGGCCCAGUACAUCGAGUUCUCCAAGCCCUUCAAGUACCAGGGACUGACCAUCUUGGUGAAGAAGGAAAUCCCUCGGAGUACACUGGACUCAUUCAUGCAGCCCUUCCAGAGCACACUGUGGCUGCUGGUCGGACUCUCUGUACAUGUGGUAGCCGUCAUGCUCUACCUGCUGGAUCGGUUUAGCCCCUUUGGCCGGUUCAAAGUGAACAGUGAAGAAGAAGAAGAAGAUGCACUGACCCUCUCCUCAGCUAUGUGGUUCUCCUGGGGGGUCCUGCUCAACUCUGGGAUUGGAGAAGGUGCCCCCCGAAGUUUCUCAGCCCGGAUCCUGGGCAUGGUCUGGGCUGGCUUUGCCAUGAUCAUCGUUGCCUCCUACACUGCCAACCUGGCAGCCUUCCUGGUGCUGGACAGACCAGAAGAACGCAUCACGGGCAUCAAUGACCCUCGACUACGGAACCCCUCGGACAAGUUCAUCUAUGCCACGGUGAAACAGAGCUCUGUGGAUAUCUACUUCCGGCGGCAGGUAGAGCUGAGCACUAUGUACCGGCAUAUGGAGAAACACAACUAUGAGAGUGCUGCUGAAGCCAUCCAAGCCGUGCGGGACAACAAGCUUCAUGCCUUCAUCUGGGAUUCUGCAGUGCUAGAGUUUGAGGCCUCACAGAAGUGUGACCUGGUGACCACAGGAGAACUGUUCUUCCGCUCUGGCUUCGGCAUUGGCAUGCGCAAAGACAGCCCCUGGAAGCAGAAUGUCUCCCUGGCCAUCCUCAAGUCUCAUGAGAAUGGCUUCAUGGAGGAUUUGGACAAGACUUGGGUUCGAUACCAGGAAUGCGACUCCCGCAGCAAUGCUCCAGCAACUCUCACCUUCGAGAACAUGGCUGGAGUAUUCAUGUUGGUGGCCGGUGGGAUCGUGGCUGGAAUCUUCCUGAUUUUCAUUGAGAUCGCCUACAAAAGACACAAAGAUGCCCGCAGGAAGCAGAUGCAGCUGGCCUUUGCAGCAGUGAAUGUGUGGAGGAAAAACCUACAGGAUAGAAAGAGUGGUAGAGCAGAGCCCGACCCUAAAAAGAAAGCCACAUUUAGGGCCAUCACCUCCACCCUGGCCUCCAGCUUCAAGAGACGUAGGUCCUCCAAAGACACGCAGUACCAUCCCACUGAUAUCACAGGGCAGCUCAACCUCUCAGAUCCCUCGGUGAGCACCGUGGUGUGAGGCCUCCCGGAGCCGCCGGCCUAGUUACUAACUACUAGGAGCGCUGGUCAGGACUGAUGCCUGAGGACUAAGGGGUCCUGCUCGGGAAGGCCAGAGGGAACGCCCCCGUCCCCUGUCCUCCCGGCCCCCAGUGACUGCACAUUGCCCCCCUCCCAGCCUUUUCCCCAGCACUGUGGGGCAGCUGCUGCCCCCGACUCCCUUCCUCCCCACACCCCUAUCUUGGCACCCAGAGGGCAGGAUCCCUGCUGGAAAUAGGCACAGGGGGAGGUAGGGCCAAGUGCCAAGACUUGGAGUUUCCGUGUGAGUAAGUCAAGAGUGAGAGGACCUGAAACUGGGAUUGGCAGUGAGAGGGACAAGCUGAAUCCUCAGCCUGACAGAGGCAAAUUGAUCUCAAGUCCCAGGGUGGGCCCCACUCUGCCCAGGUUCUGGGUAUCCAGCAUCCCCCCUCUGUAUGGUAUUUGGUUAUGUGAAUGGUCUGACUAUUCAAGAGCCAAGGUUGACCAGGUGGUGUGGUGUCCUGGGCAGACUCUGCCCCACCCCCACUAUACCGCAGCACAAAUAUCACCUUGGUCUUGCCAUGGAGAGGCUGUGGGGGGAGACCUUGGGUGGGAAGAGGUGUUCCUCACCCCACAGGCUGCUUUGACCCCUGGAAGCAAAAGAAAACCCUAAGGAAGGCUCUAGUUAUCCUCAUGUCCCCCACCCAGCUCAGUUCCUUUUCUUCUAUUGCCCCCUCUUCCCUCUCCCCACCCAACACGAUUUCUUCCAAGUCCCCAGACACCACCCCCCUUUUGCUCUCCAUGACCCCAGCUCCAUUCUCCUACAGCUGGCUCUACUCCCCUCUCUUCAAACUCUGCUUGUACCAUUGCCCCAGCUGUUCAAUUUUCCUCCCUCUCUGUACACCCUCUCCAUCCCCCUCCCUUGAGUUGGCCUGUUCUCCCUUCCUCCUGCUGGCUUGGCUCUACCCUGGCUGGCCCUGCUACUUCUACACCAAUGCUGCCCUGCUGCCCCCCACCCCCACCUUUGCCUCAAUGCUCCAGUCUCUGGGCUUCCUCAGCACUGGGCAACCAUGCUCUGCCACUCCCCCUCCCUCUCCAUUUUGGUUUCAGUUCCUAGAGAGAAAGAGGGCUGGAUUCUGGAAGCUGAAACAAGUCCCUCUCUUCUCACCUCUUGUACUCCCCAAAUCCCUCCUUCAGGACUGCAGAGCUGGGGUGAGCCUCUAACCCCCACGAAAGGGAAGAUUGUAACUCCUCCUGCCUCUUGGCAUUGACCACCUGCCUCUCUCCCCUGACCCAAGGCCGCACCUCCUUCCCAGUACUCCACUUCCAUAUAGGCUAUCCCUGUGUACAGCUGUGAGAUAGCCCUACUACAUACAGGGUGUGCCACUCCAUAGAAGGGGUGCACCAGCCAUCUCUGUGUACAGGUAUACACAGAUGCUGUUCCUCCUCACGGUACAUGCACCAUUAUUUUGUACAGCCUUUCUCAUGUACAGGCUUAUGCUGCUCCCACUUAUGGUUCCUGUACCAUUACUAUGUAUAGCUAUUCCUCUGUACAGACAUAUGCCAUCCCUAUGUAUAAGCUUAUGACAUUCCUGUGUAUAGACAUUUACCAUUCCCAUGUACAGGCAUGUACCACGGUGUUGCCAAAUUGAACAUUAUGAGCCUCA